AUGGCGUUUUUGAGUGGUGUUCUCAGUGCGGUGAAAGAUGAAAAUGAAGUGACAACUUAUGACAUACAUCUUGAUAAGAGACUUGAAAAAGUACUAGAAGAGGUAAAUAAAAAAAUUGGCUCCGGGCGUGCUGGGCUUGCGGCGUCUGUCGACGCGGUGAAGGGGUGGUUGGAGGGGUAUGAAGGUGAAGUUAGAGAGAAAACAGAGGCAUUAAAGCGUAAUGUAAAGUUGCUGAACAAUAGUAUAACUGAUACGUACAUUGCGAAAUUCGAUAGUUACCAUGAUAGAAGUCUCGAACAAAUUCACGAUGUAUUUAUAAAAUGUACGGCUGAUCUAUUUGGGACCAUGUCCGUUCUGAAAAACAAUUCGCAAGGCUAUAUGUCACUGGACUACGGCUUGAAAACUAAGUUAGAAGUUCCAUUAGGAAAAAUAGAUGAAGCAUUAAAGAUGUUGAAAAAUACCGCUAAUGACAGCGAUUUGUUCAGGCAAGCGAAGCGCGUCGAUGAUCAAUUGGUGACACAGAGAGAUCAUGUUGUGAAUUCCAUAGAAACGGGGAGUAAUGUAUUGCUGAGCACAUUUGCCGAGGAAUUUAAUAGGGUCGUCGGCGUAAUAAACAGGUUGAAUGAUGAUAAGAGGACAUAUUUUCAAGGGAUACAUGAGACGUUGACGGACGCUGAGAGGCUGAUCCAAAAUUUCGACACGACGUAUAAGUACAAAAUUGUUGAACAAUUUGAAAAUCUUAAAAUUCAUUUGGCGAAUAUAGAUGCGGACAGAGGGGAUAAGGGAAACUCGAAACUAAAAAAUCAUUUUGAAGCUUUGAAGACCGACGUUCAAAAGAUUGGCAAUGAUGUGAGUGUGGAAAAUAUAAAAUUGAAUGAGUGGAAAGAUGCUGCUUUGACAGCUGUGCAUAAAGCACAGGCAACAAUAGGUGAACUAGUUAACGUUCUGAAUGGUGAGGAGGUAGGAAAAUUGCCGAAGAAGAAAGCAGCCGUCACAACUGCGGCAGAAGAAAUAUAUCAGCAGAAUGAGCACCUUUGGGCUUCAAUAAUGCAGGCCGGGAGAGCGUUAGAGGAAAAAGUAUCUGCGGCCCAGGAAAGUCUCAAGACCUUAGAUGAAGCAGUUAGCAAAGAUUUGAUGGAAUUAAAGUUCGGUAUAAAUGAAAGAAUGGGAUGGUACGUGGAUAAACUGAAGGAAGCAGCAAAUAAAGCAGAUCAAGCUGCGAACGGGCCCUCGGCGUCAUCUGUCAAACCGGAUGACAUACUCAACUUACUUGAUGGCGAACUUAAGAAACUGUAUUCCGCCGCCAAAGAAAAAUCAUUAACGAUGAACGGUAAAGACUUAGGGAGUGAUGAUCUCAAUGAAGCCCUGCAGGCUUUCCACGAUAGCCUAAAACUGACUAACAAAAAAACUAAUAAAUCUAUCACAAUAAUUGACGCAAUCCGGGAAGACCUUCAAAAUGCUGUAGCUGCCGCCUUAAAGAAAGCUCAUCAAAAAGUGGAUAGUGUUAAACACCUUAUGACCCAUUAUAGAAUGCAUCUAAACGACAGUGGCGCAAUUAAAAGUGCGAUAAGAAGUAUUCAAACCGAUGUGAAAAAAGCUCUAGAUGAAGCUCCCCAAAUUGGCCACCUGUUAUAUACGUCCAACAAUCUUACUAGUAAGUUCGACGCAUUCAUUCACGCUAUUCAGCAGCUUGCUCAGAAUGGAGCACCACAUAGCCAAAAUAAAAACAGCGUGUCUCACUACUUGGCAGACUUGGAUCAGAUGAUUGUGACGGCUGAUGAAGAAGGGUAUACUUUGACUGCCGACUAUUCGAGCGAUUUGAAUUUAUCAAUAAAACGGCUUGCAAAAAUAUACGAUAAGCUGAAAGAUUUGCAAAAGAACAUCGCUGCAGUCACCAAGUCCACCGAUGCCGGGGAGAUCGACGAGAUCAUAAGUCACCUUCAGGGUCUUCCUGCUUUAGUUGAUAAAGCCACUCUGCAGACAAAACAGAACAUUUACGAUUUGUAUAAUAACCUCGUAGAUAAGAUCUCGUUUAUGCGUCAAUCCUUUGAGCUAGCUGACAACGCCAUGACAAAUGCCAUCAGCAGUCUUCAGCAAACUUUCAACUCAGUUCGUGAAAAUGCUAAAUCUGGUGUCGAAAACUUACGAAAUUAUCUUAUUGAUCUUGCCGUAAAAUCAUUCUCCACCCUAACCACUGAAGUACGAAUGCUGUUUGCCGAGCGGCAUAAAGCAGACUUGAAGGCCUUAAAAAUCUCAGUUGAAUCUCAGAUACCUGUAGUCAUUGAAAUCCUGCAUUACGACAAACGCAACGGUCUCAAAGGUCUCAUGAAACGAAUGAAUAAUCAUGAAACCACAUUUCAGAAGAUGAGUACGCUUUUCCAACAGAGGAGUGUCGAUGAUUUCAAGCAUAUGGCAUUACAAUUUAAGAUGCUUGUUGGCUCUUAUUUAGAAUACACCGAGGAACAAGCCAUGACCCCCGGAAAGAGUCCACAGCCCACCGACCAGUCCGAGAAGGUGAGACAUCUCAAGGACGCCGUGGAUUCACUUCUUCACUACCUUAAACAAAAUGGCCAUUUGACUCGGCAAUACAUGUUUGACCAUCAUUUCGAUGAUUUACUCACCUCCCUCAACUCUCUUGUCACAUCCCUCUCUCCCUCCUUCACCUCCCCCUCCCCCCUCCUCGGCCCCCUCAAGACCGGCCUCUCCAAAUUCGCCGAGCAACUCGGCCACGCGUACGUGAACAGGUAUAGUGGGAGGAAGAUGGGUAAAUUGCUUGAAGUUAAACCUUCAUCUGAGAAUCAAAAGCCUGCCAAAACACAACUUUCUGACACCUCAACCGAUAAUUACGAUUUAACCCCUGAGGGCCGCAACUGCGCCAAGGUCUGCCUGACGAUAGUGGAGAUGGUGAGUGAGGACCUCAAGUAUUUGAGGGAGCAAUGUGAAACAAAAUGGGCGCCAAAGAAAAUUUAUUCCGGUAGUAGUUUAGGUUCAUUUUUGACAAAAUGCGGUUACCGUGUUGCUAUUAAGGACACCGACCAGAACGGUGAACUGCAGUGCAAGAGCAGUAUGAAGGGCGAGCAAGUUCAUGAGAGACUCAUGACGAAGAAAUACAGCAGCGAUAGUGAAAUUAAGCAUCUUAAGGAGUGCGAAUCGAAUAAAGAUCAAGAGACAGGGAAGCCUAAAAAAUCCAGUAACUUCCACAUCUUCGACCUAAUCAAUUGCCUUCAUCACCACCUGGAGACAUACUAUUCCAUCAAUCACAUGGCAACCUUUGCAUCGAAAAAACAGCCAUGUAGCGUGUAUGAAAUGCUGUGUUGGAUGUCUGGUCUCCCGCAUAACAACGUAUAUUUCGAUUUGACAACGGACGGUUUCGAUGCUCUUUUCGAUAAGCGUGAGAAGAAAGAGGACGACAGCAUUGAGUUCGAAUACAUCACGGUUGAGGAUAAAACUCCCAAUUCAUUGACCGCGUACCCACUGAUGAUUCGACGUGGUGACAUUACCAACGCAAUUGUUCAUCUAACAUCCUACGCUCCCACCGUGCUCACUACUAUACUCGGCACUGGAGACGAAUUCACCACGUAUGCUGUUGACUUCCGCACCAACCAUCUCAAAUUCUCGUAUCCAUCCCGCGCUGAGGACUGCUUACAUACGUUGCUUGACAUACUGCGUAGAAUAUUUCCGCCGCUCAAGUUCUUGCAUAGCCAGUGUGACACUUUGACCUCCGAGCAUGGCUGGUACAGGUGCAAGUACGGGAAGGAUGUGCAGUCAGCCAAGUUGCCAUGUACAAAGCACUCAAAGACUGAGACCGAGUGCCAACCUAGGUCACCACUUAUGUCGUUCCUUGGGGAUUGUCUACCCGGCCACCUACCUCAUCAGUUAACCAGCGUCGGUUGUAAAGCCGAAUGUAAAUCAUGCCCCAAGGCGACACCCGGGCAGCCAUGUCUAACUCCCCUCGGCUUCAGAGGUUUCUCAGGAAGUACGAAGCUGGGUAAAGAGCUGGGUAACGUGCUGACCAAAUUCUUCAGUAACGGCAUCGCUACACCCUUACUCUCCUUCGUACCCAAACCGCCCAGCAGCUUGCCGGAACACUUCGGUUUUGCGUUGUAUUUAGUUAAGGGUUGGGGAGAGGGUUCCACAAGAACUGGCAAGAAUGGCACACAGGGAUACGUUGAAGAGGCCAUGAAAAGUCAGUCAAUUAAGCUUUAUUCCGACACAACUCCACUAACCGAUGCGCUGAGAACAGCGUAUGGUGAUGCGCGAGGUAGCCAUCAGGACAAGGAUCAUCUUCCUCUGUAUGCAGAUUUAGCAAGCUUGUCCAUGGUUAAAUCAUGUGUUGAUAAAGUAAACCACGUUUACUGCGCCCCCUAUCUCUCCUCUGUCUGCGGAGAUUCAUAUGGUUACUUUGCCAAGAAACACUCCGACCACUACCUCUCCUGGGCCAUCUACCUCCCGUGGACAUUCUGGGAUCUGCUCAACAAUCUCUACAACGCCUUCUGCUCCAUCAACUGCCAGGACUGGGGAUGCCGUGGAUGUCUGAGAGGAGAUAAGUGUAAGAAGGGGCAGCAUGGUGUUGUUGAUAAGGAUAAGCCAUCUGCCAUCUGUCAAUGUCCUUCCAUCGUCGACUGCAAAGGCGUCGCACCAACGCUCUACCAGUAUGGUUUCGUCUUUGGUGAAGCGUCGACGUUGAAUGACAAGGAUGCGCCGAAGAAGUGCUCCGAUUUCUGUAGUCAAUUGAAGAAUGUUCUAAAAUCGAAAUAUUUCGAGAAACUGUUUGACGAAUGCGACAUGUUCUUGUGGAGAAUCCGUGAACCCUUCUCCUACCUUGUCCUUUCCCUCUGGCUCCUCUCGUUCCUGUACCUCCUCCACAUCAUGGUCAUCCGCCUCGAUCUCCUCCACAUCAAAUCGCAUCUACAUAGUCCCUCGAGUCAUCGCAUCGCUGCUCAGUCACUACUUGCUGCUGCACGUGUUAACAAACUGGGGAAAAUGUUUUAUCUGCAACCAUAA